CAUAUAAUGUGUUAUGUGAAUAGAGAAAAUGGGUUGGAUUAGAUGCUUCCGACUAUACCUGGCCAUUCAGAAACUUUGAAUCGGUUCAGAUCAAAGGUUUCGGGUUUAGGAAAAUUCAUAGGCGAUCGGUUUUCGGUUACAAAUCGAAACGAACCGAACUGAAAUUUGGCCAAUUUGGUUCUGGCUUGGCCUAACCGUGAGUCUGUGAACAUGUGUGUGUGUUAGAUGAGAUCUAUCCACCCAAUUAUUUUGUCGUCAUGCUAUCAAGAUUCUGAUAUUUUUCUGCUCACUUUUGAUUCCCAAAACAAAAAACUUUCUUCAAUUCAUCUUCUCAUGGCGGCUCUCUCAACCACCUUCUACCACCCACUCUGCACUAACCACCGUACAAAGAGACAAGCCUCAAGCAGACACGGCGUUAAAUCUAUGAGAGUGAUGUCUUGUCGGAAGCAGAAAUUACCGGAAGAGAAUGAAGGAGUGAUCCAGAGAACAUUGAGGAGGAUGAUUUCAGAGGCUGGGAAAAUUGGGAAGAAUCUGAAGCCAGAGAAGAAGAAAGGAGACGUGAAGGAUUUGAUGCUUAUGAGUCUCUCUUUUGCUGUUUAUGUUUAUAUCUCUCAACUAUUGGUUUGUGCUUACUUCGCUUGGCAACAUCUCAGCUUCCCCAAUCCUUCAUGGUAGUAGCAACGAUAGCUUUUGUAAAUUCUGCACAAAUCAGCAAUAAAAUUCAAUUCCAACAUAGGAGAAUUGAGAGUUGUGAUCUUUCUCACUUUGGUCUUUUAUGGUUGAAUUGCUGAUUUGAUCUUUUCUCAA